AGAAAGACCCCUCAACCGACGCCGAAGAUGCAAAACUCUAUCCCCUAAAACUAUUUCUAAAUUUGGCAAAUCAUGUGUCCCUUGUUAAAGCCACACAUUUAUAUAUUUUUAUGUAUAUGGUCACCGAUAGAAACAGCAAACAACAAAUCGGUGUUACCCUUAGUGGCUUAAUGCUAUAUAAAUAUACCCCAAUUCAACAUCAACCAUUAAUAGAGAAGCACAAACACAGAGGUAAGCAUGAGAAGCCGCUACCACAACCAUGUUCUCUCACCAAGCCAGUGCGGUGCAAGCCUAGUCCAAACCAUAGACGCACCUCUCCCACUGGUUUGGUCCAUGAUCCGCCGUUUUGACAAACCACAAGCCUAUAAACAGUUCGUUAGAAGCUGCACCAUGAGGGCUGGCAAUGGUGGCAUUGGAAGUGUGCGUGAAGUGACGCUUAUCUCUGGCUUACCAGCUGAAACUAGCAUAGAGAGGCUUGAAAAGCUUGAUGAUGACAUGCAUGUCAUGAUUUUUAGCAUCAUUGGUGGUGAUCACAGGCUUAUGAAUUAUCGAUCUACCACAACCUUGCAUGUAGAUGAAGAGGCAAAAGGUGGUAAGACUGUUGUGGUUGAGUCAUAUGUGGUUGAUGUUCCAGAGGGGAAUAGUAAGGAGGAUACAUGCUCUUUUACUGAAACCAUAAUUGGAUGCAACCUUAGGUCUUUGGCUAGGAUUUCGGAGAAGAUGGCCUGUUCGUAUUACUAGGAUUUGAUUACUAUUAUUAUUAUAAUUUUUGAGAGGAUCACAAAGUUCAUCCUCUUUACUAUUAUUACUAUAUGUGAUUGUAGUUGGUUUAUGCUAAAGGCACUUGUGUAUUUUUUUUACCUG